AUUUCCCUGUAGCGGCUAAUGAACCGGAAGUCUCACCCAUAGGCUUACUUCCGCGUUGAAGAAAAAAAGGUAGUCCCACCAGGAUCAGAAUAGGAAAUACAAAUAUGGUCAUAAGGAGUGGUCUUCCAACGGUUGAGGAAAUACAAAUAUGGUUAUAGUUAGUCACUGGUAAAAUACAGUGCACAGACUUACAUUAAUGGACAAAGUCAACAAUUAGCCGUCAAAGUUUGUGAAAUUACAGAGCUUAUUUAUUUCAUGGCUUCGUGCUGGAUUGAUUAAGUCAUGGAUAUCACAGAACAUGCGACGUUGAAGUCUUCACUAUCCGAAGAAAAUGAAGCAUCCCGGUCUCUGACAGAAUUAGAAACGAAUACACAGACUCUUGAAGAAGGCAAUGCAAUGGCGCCCUCGUUCGGUGAUGAGAGGUGUUUCUUAGUUGAAGGCGCAGAAGACGCAGAGACUCGGGAUAAGAGAAUUAUGGAUGAAAAAAUCUCUCCCAUUGAAAGGCAACUUGAGUACUUGCUGAACAAGGCGGAUGAGUUUCAAACACAGCUUUUAUGGAGUCGAGAGUGCCUCCAGAAUUAUGGGUUUGCCCAUAUUGUCCCCAUGUUUUUGCAAACUUGUCAGCCGUACUUCACUUACCUGGAGUCCACAGCCAGAAACUCCAACCCCUUCCGUCCACCUCUGUCCACAUAUAUACGCGCACAACUUUUGCACUUUUCUCAGCAACUGUGUUCUCGUCUGGAACAGCUGGUGUUGCUGUACGCCUCCUUCAGUUUCUUCUCACUGGAGGAAUCUGAUCCACUGAGUAUCUCUCACUUCUAUAUUGGCCAGUGUCAAAUAGACAACAUGAAGCUGUCAAUCUUCCGGUACUGUUGCCCUACCCCCUUUCUCGCAUCAGCCAGUACUGGCCUAUACAAACGUAUGCGCUGGAAUGUGGAGCGACAGAUAGAUGGAGAAGGAGAAGGACAGACAUAUGACAGUGCAGAGUUUUACUUCCUGUGCUGCGAGGAUGUCAUUGAGGCAGCAGAAGAUAAGGAUGGAGACGGAAGGCGCAAGGGAGAAAAUACAGAAACGGAGAGAGAGAGUAGAGUAGAGAGGAUUUGGUCUAUUGGCCGGUGGAUUCAGACAUACCCUGAUCCAGACACAAAGGACAUCACUGAUUGGGUGCUGUGUUCAGUUCCUUGUGGUCAGCACGAGCAGCUGAUGUGUCUGGGAAGUGAGGAGCCUUCUUCCUGCACUGCCACAGACUGCCUGCUGGGGGUGCUGCUGUCUCAGGAAACAGAUGGGACAUUUGGCAUGAAAACAUGAGGUGG